AUGACGGCGUUCCCAGAACGCAUAUACGUGUUGCGUCCAAUGAGGCUAUACCGCUUCCGUACCCCGGUUUCUAUGACGCCUGAUGAAGCGGAUUUCGAUGGAAGCAGCUCGCUAGCGGCGGCGAAGGGGGUUGAUGAUGCUGCAGGGGAAUCCCUACCUCGCUUCUCAAUAAAACUGUGCCCUCAUAUCAUCGACGGUAACUCCAUAUCUGAUGGCUUCGGCUUCAAGUGGGAGCUACCAUGGUUUGUGAAGGGCCAAGGAGACAUCGCUUUCAUCAAACAAAGCGAGGAGCAUGAUAUCUCAGUGUCUACUUCCAGUGCAAACUUAUACUACACCAUCCAUGAAGCUUGGUAUGAGACCUGGUCUCAAAAGCCAAUUCUCCCCACCGGAUGCUGUUCCUAG